AUGCUAAUGACACAGACGCCUGUGUCGGCACUUCAGGGUCAGAACACCGCGACGACUUCGUACAACUCUCGCUUCAACAGAUCCGAUCGUCUCGAUCCGACUACACGCCAGCAGCCCAGUGAUUCCACCGACCCGGCGUCGUUGGACGAACAGUCCAACGCCGGCCGCGACAAGAACUACACCCCCUUCUUUGCAUCAACUUCGACUCCACUCAUGAAUGGUAUUGUGGGUACGGCACCGCCCGGUGCCACCAUGUAUGUGCGGGCGCUGUACGACUACGAGGCCGACGAUAGAACCAGUCUCAGCUUCCACGAGGGCGACGUCAUCCAGGUCAUCACCCAGCUCGAGAGCGGCUGGUGGGACGGCGUCAUUAACGGUGUGCGGGGCUGGUUUCCUAGCAACUACUGCCAGAUCAUCACGAGCCCGGACGAGCUCCCAGAGAUAGACGAAAAUACGGAGCCCGAUCAGGUGGAGGAAGAACCAGAGGACCAGGACAUAUAUGAAGACGACUUUGAUGAUGAAGAGGAGUCGGAUCAUGAUGACAUCGAGGCCCUCCCCCUUGAAGGGACGGAAGGCGACAGGUCGAGAGCCGACUUCUGGAUUCCGCAGGCCACCCCCGACGGCAGGCUCUUCUACUACAACACCAUGACUGGCGAGAGCAGCAUGGAGCUGCCGCUCGAGUCGCCCUCGUCUGUCACAGAGACGGGUCCUCGAGACCGUAUGAAUGUUAACAUGCCGGAUAGAACUAGGCCGCCGCCCGAGAUGAUGGCACGGGGAUUGACCCAGGACGAGGAGGACGAGUCGGAUGUCAACUCGGCGUCUGAGGCCGAGGGCGAGGCGCUCAUGAACGCAUCCCGAGGCCCCAUGCCGGGAACUCGCCGAUCUUUUGCAAACGACGGCCUCUCGCCUUCCAUAUCCAUGGAUUCAAUAAACGGGCAAUCUCCCAUGACGAGGGGUCGCAGUGAAACUUUUACAAACGGUAAUCUCGGCCAAACACCUAUGAUUGCGUCGGCUACUUCCUUUACCAGCGCCGCGUUUAACCUUCCGACGGCUGCGACCAUCCCCCGGUCCUUCUUUGAUGACGGCACCACCCCUCCCCUCACGUGGAGUCUGCUUGUCACCAACAUGAAGAAGGCUAUCGACCGCUACCGGGAAGCCAUCACAAAUGGCAGCCGGUCGGAUUACGUAGCCAGGGCAGAGGAUAUCUCGGAUCACCUGCGGCUCCUGCUCGCAGCAGGGUCGGGCACCACUGACAACCACUCCGGCCAGCCUUCUAUCAUCUCCACCAACAAGGCCCUCUAUCCUCACUUUCGGGACAUGAUGUCAAAAUUCUCCAAGCUCGUGAUUUCUUCUCAUAUUGCCGCCGCCGAUUGGCCCAAUGCCGAGUCGAUUUCAAAGUGCCUACAAGAAGCAGAUGGCGUCCUAAUGGGUGUCUUCAGCUAUGUCGAAGUUGCGCGACAGCAGCGUGGCGAGGAUAUUCCGCGGCUGUUUCCCGGCUUCGUCAUCGGUUCUAGUGCUGGAGGCAGUUGGCAGAACAACGGCCUGAACCCUCACAAUCCCAUCACAUCUAACUUUCUCGAGGACGAGGAGGGAGUUGUCGAACCGACGGCUGUCCUGGACGGGAAGCUCCUCGAGAGGCUGGAUGAGCUUAAGCGGAUGCUUGUGUCUAGCAUACGGGAACUGGAUAAGAACCUUGCCGUUGCAGACAAAGUAAUCACGCCCUUUAAGCACGAGGUGAUUGGCAACAAUGUUUGCUCGGCUGGUGGCAAAGUUCUCGAGAUGUUCAAGCCUUGGAUCGCCAUGAUCGAAUCCAUCGACCUCUCAUCGCUCGGCAACAGCUUCCAGACCCCCCAGCUCUCCGAUUUCAGCACAAACAAGCAAAGCCUCUACGACAAUAUUUCGGAUCUUCUUCUGGGAUGUCAGGCUGUUGCGGGCCCGCUUGCUGACGAAUGGUCUGAGGUCCGAGGCCAGGCUCUGGAGGAGAGGCUCGAGUAUGUCAGGCAAUGCGCCAGGGCGCUGGAGACGAACUCGUCGCAUAUCGGUUUCUCGCUCCAGCUUCUUUCAGAACAGGUUCAGAUUAAUUUGCAACAGCAAACCGAGACUCGCGUGCGUGAAGAGUCACUGCAGCGAGAACAGCCCAGGCGCGGAGAGACCAUGUCAUUUGAAAGGCCACACCAGCGAUCGGAAUCUCAAGGGUUACUGCGACCGAGGUUGCCUCUGGGAUCGCAGUCCUUCACGGAAGGUGAUACCGCCGCAGCCAACAACUACCGCAAGGGCGAUCCGCAAAAGAUGAGGAAGUUCUUUGGAGAGGACCCCGCACCGGCACAGACAAUGGUUGACGACACGCCCGAUUUCCUACGCCUCGACUACGAGAAGGAUCUAUCAUGGGAUCAGAAGCUGCAACCCCCGACCGUCAAGGGCGGUUCUCUUCUUGCUCUGGUGGAACAGCUAACGCGUCACGACAAGCUUGACGCAAACUUCAACAACACGUUCCUCCUCACAUAUAGGUCAUUUACAUCAGCGAGGGAGCUCUUCGAAAUGCUGGUGAAGAGGUUUGGGAUCCAGCCGCCCGAGGGACUGACGCAGCCCGAGUACGAGAUGUGGCGGGAUGGGAAGCAGAAACUCAUUCGCUUCCGUGUCGUCAACAUCUUCAAGAACUGGUUUGACAACUUUUGGAUGGAGGACCAGAGCAGCGAAGAGACAAAGCAGCUGAUCCGCGACGUCUACAACUUUGCCAAGGACACAGUAAAGUCAACCGAAACGCCCGGGUCGGCCCCGCUCAUGGCGGUUCUCGACCAGAGAUUGAGCGGCAAGGAGGCUGGCAGCCGGCGCAUGAUCCAGACUGUCAGCCAGAACACGCCGGCGCCAAUUAUGCCUAAGAACAUGAAGAAACUCAAGUUCCUCGACAUUGACGUCAUCGAGUUCGCUCGCCAGCUCACCAUCAUCGAGUCCCGGCUCUACGGCAAGAUCAAACCUACUGAAUGUCUCAACAAGACAUGGCAGAAGAAGGUUGGAGAAGGCGAUCCGGAGCCGGCGCCGAACGUCAAGGCCCUGAUUCUUCACUCGAAUCAAAUGACCAACUGGGUGGCCGAGAUGAUUCUAGCACAGACUGAUGUGAGGAAGCGAGUUGUCGUAAUUAAGCACUUCGUAGCAGUGGCCGAUAAAUGCCGGACUCUGAACAACUUUUCUACCCUGACGUCGAUCAUUUCAGCGUUGGGGACGGCGCCCAUCGCGCGCCUGAAGCGGACGUGGGACCAGGUCCCACAGCGCAUCCAUGCUACUCUAGAAACGAUGCGGAAGUUGAUGGCCAGUACCAAAAACUUUGGCGAGUACAGAGAAGCAUUGCAUGUGGCCAACCCGCCAUGCAUUCCCUUCUUUGGUGUCUACCUGACGGAUCUUACCUUUAUCGAAGACGGCAUUCCCUCAAUUAUCAAAAAGACUAACCUGAUCAACUUUGCGAAGCGGGCAAAGACGGCAGAUGUGAUUCGGGACAUUCAACAGUAUCAAAAUGUCGCAUAUUCCCUCCAGCCGGUCCCGGAGCUCCAGGAUUACAUACUCAGCAACAUGCAGGCCGCUGGGGACGUGCACGAGAUGUACGACAAGAGUCUGCAAAUAGAACCGCGGGAGAGGGAAGAUGAGAAGAUUGUCAGGGUUCUUGCCGAAUCGGGCUUCCUUUGA